UGCUCUUGCUGCUGACUGACUGAGGCGAUGGCGGCGGCGCGGCUCCGCGGCCUGUGGUUGCUCAUGAUGCUGCUGUUGCUGGGGGGAGGCCGGCCUGCUGUGGAGGCGGCGGCGCACAUCAAGAAGGCGGAGGCCGCGGCGGCGCCGCCCGCCUCGCCCUCCCCGGCGACGGCGUCCCCCGAGGAGGAGGAGGAGGAAGAGGCGCCGACGCGCUACCUGUCCUCGGCGUCGGAGCUGGAGGCGGCGCUGCGCGGGCUGGAGUCCCCGGGGCUGGCGCGGCUCUUCUCGGUGGGGCGCUCGGGCGAGGGCCGCCCGCUGUGGGUGCUGCGCCUGAGCGCCGGGCUGCCCGCCGAGCAGGAGGAGGAACCCCCGGGCGGGGGCGCGCCGCUGCCCGGCCGGCCGCAGGUCAAGUUGGUGGGCAACGUGCACGGCGACGAGCCGCUGGGCCGGGCGCUGCUGGUCCGCCUGGCGCGCCACCUGCUGCGGGGCUGGCGGCGCGGCGAGGCGCGCGCACGGCGCCUGUUGGUCGCCGCCGACCUCUACCUGAUGCCCAGCCUCAACCCGGACGGUUUCGCCCGCGCCCGCGAGGGGGACUGCGGAGGAGCAGGAGGAGGCCAGCAGGAGGAGGAGCUGGUGGACGACGCGGAGCAGCCGCCCGGCCGGGGCCGCGAGAACGCGCUCGGCAAGGACCUCAACCGCAGCUUCCCCGACCAGUUCGGCCAGGCCGCCCCCGACCUGUCCGCCGUGCCCGAGGUGCGCGCCCUGAUGGAGUGGAUGCGGCGCAACCGGUUUGUCCUUUCUGCGAACCUGCACGGGGGCUCGGUGGUGGCCAGCUAUCCCUUUGACGAUUCUCCCAAGCACCAGAUCUCUGGGCUGUACAGCAAGUCUGCUGACGACGAGGUCUUCAAGUACUUGGCCAAGGCUUAUGCGUCAAACCACCCCAUCAUGAAAACCGGCACCCCCAACUGUCCGGGCGAGGAGGGGGAAACGUUCAAAGACGGCAUCACCAAUGGCGCUCAGUGGUACGACCUGGAAGGCGGCAUGCAAGAUUAUAACUAUGUGUGGCACAACUGCUUUGAGAUCACCUUUGAGCUGUCUUGCUGCAAAUAUCCGCCGACUUCGCAGCUUGAGGAAGAAUGGGAAAAUAACCGGGAGUCGCUGCUCACCUUCAUCGAACAGGUCCACAUUGGCAUCGGAGGGUUCGUCAAGGAUUCGGUCAGCGGCGCGGGCUUGGAAAACGUCACCAUUGCGGUGGCUGGGAUUGCUCACAACAUCACCACUGGCCCGUUUGGGGACUACCGCAGGCUGCUCGUGCCUGGGACCUACAACGUCACGGCUGCCGUCCUGGGUUACCUGCCAGUCACCGUAGAGAACGUGGAGGUGAAAGCGGGGAACACAACGGUCGUGGACUUCUCUUUGCAGACCACAGUUGCCAUGCCAGCCUCCAGCCCCACCCAGGAGGCCCCGGUCCCUGCCACGCCCAUGGCUGCCAACACCACCCGCCCAGAAAAGCCCACCGCGGCCCACCAGGCGAUCCAGCCGGAGGACUUCCGCCACCACCACUUUCCCGACAUGGAGAUCUUCCUGCGGAAGUACGCCAACGAGUACCCCAACAUCACUCGCCUCUACCCAGUGGGCAAGUCGGUGGAGGAGAGGGCCCUGUACGUGAUGGAGAUUUCGGACCGCCCGGGCAUCCACGAAGCAGGCGAGCCAGAGUUCAAGUACAUUGGUAACAUGCACGGCAACGAGGUGGUGGGCCGGGAACUGCUCCUGAACCUCAUAGAGUAUCUCUGCAAGAACUACGGGACCGACCCUGAAGUGACCGACUUGGUCCGGAAGACGCGGAUCCACAUCAUGCCCUCCAUGAACCCGGACGGCUACGAAAAGGCCCAAGAAGGGGACCGCAUGGGGACUGUUGGCAGAAACAACAGCAACAAUUUUGACCUGAAUCGGAACUUUCCGGAUCAGUUUGUCCAGAUCACUGACCCUCUGCAGCUGGAGACGAGAGCCGUCAUGAACUGGCUGAAGUCCUACCCCUUUGUGCUGUCUGCAAACUUGCACGGAGGCUCUUUGGUGGUGAACUAUCCUUAUGAUGAUGACCAGCAAGGAAUUGCCACAUAUAGUAAAUCCCCAGAUGACGCCAUCUUUCAACAACUGGCUCUUUCCUACGCCAAGGAGAACACGCAGAUGUCCCAGGGCCACCCAUGUGAAGAUAUGUAUCCGAACGAGUACUUCCCCCAUGGCAUCACAAAUGGAGCGCACUGGUACAACGUUCCAGGUGGGAUGCAGGACUGGAACUACCUCAAGACCAACUGCUUCGAAGUGACCAUCGAGCUGGGCUGCGUCAAGUACCCGAAGGCGGAGGAGCUGCCCAAGUACUGGGAGCAGAAUCGCCGUUCCCUGCUGCAGUUCAUCAAGCAGGUUCACCGUGGUGUCAAAGGGUUCGUGCUGGAUGCCACCGAUGGCCGGGGCAUCUUGAAUGCCACCAUCAGUGUGGCUAACUUCGAUCACCCUGUCUCCACCUAUAAGAGCGGAGACUACUGGCGUCUCUUGACCCCGGGGACGUACAAAAUUACAGCAUCGGCCAGGGGGUACAGUUCGAAAACCAAGACGGUCACGGUUGGAGACAAGUGCGCGGUGCAAGCCAACUUCACUUUGACUCAGAAAGACUCCAAACUGGAGGAGGGCAAGGCGCCCGACGUCAACCUGGCGGAGACGGACGACCCGGCCACCAAGGAGUUCGAGGCCCUGAUCAAAGACCUCUCGGCCGAGAACGGCCUGGAGCGCCUGCUCCUUGCUUCAGCCGCGGACGUGGAGCCGUACCGCUACAGCCCCUACAACUACCUGUCCCAGUUCCUCCGAGGGCUGAACCUGAAUUACCCACAUAUCACAAACCUCACCAGCUUGGGCCAGAGUGUGGAGAUCCGCCACCUCUGGUCCCUGGAGAUCUCCAACAAGCCCAACCAGUCGGAGCCAGAAGAGCCCAAGAUCCGCUUUGUGGCCGGGAUCCACGGCAACGCCCCGGUGGGCACAGAACUGCUUCUGGCCCUGGCGGAGUUCCUCUGCAUGAACUACAAGAAGAACCUGGCCAUCACCAAGCUGAUCGACAAGACGAGGAUCGUGAUUGUGCCGUCCCUGAAUCCAGACGGGCGGGAGGUUGCUCAGGAGAGAGAAUGCACCUCGAAGAUCGGGCAGACCAACGUGAACGGCAAAGAUCUGGACACAGAUUUCAUAAGCAAUUCCUCCCAGCACUCUGGGGUGAGAGAACCAGAAACCAGGGCCAUCAUGGAGAACCUGAUUGAGAAGCAAGACUUCAGUCUCUCUGUUGCCUUGGACGGAGGCUCCCUGCUUGUCACGUAUCCCUACGACAAGCCCGUGCAGACAGUGGAGAACAAAGAAACUCUGAAGCGCCUGGCCUCUCUGUAUGCCGACAACCAUCCCACCAUGCACCUGGGCCAGCCCGGCUGCCCAAACAAGUCAGAUGAGAACAUUCCCGGAGGUGUGUUGCUGGGCGCGGAGUGGCGCAGUCACCUGGGCAGCAUGAAGGAUUACAGCCUGACGUAUGGGCACUGCCCAGAGAUUACCGUCUACACCGGCUGCUGUAACUUCCCCAGUGCUGUGCAGCUCCGUACUCUGUGGGCAGAGAACAAGAAAUCUCUUCUCAGCAUGCUUGUGGAGGUUCACAAGGGAGUCUACGGGCUGGUCUGCGACACACACGGGAGGCCGGUGUCAAAAGCUCAGGUUGUGCUGGAUGAAGGGGUGACGGUCCGCACCAAGGAAGGUGGCCACUUCCACGUGCUGCUGGCUCCCGGCUCCCACGACAUCUACGUGAAAGCCGAUGGCUACCAGCAGCAGCACGUCCGGGUUGUGGUUCACCAGGAUGCGGCUACUUUUGUGGCCAUCCAGUUUGACAUGGACAAUAGGAUCUUUGGGCUUUCGCGGGAGCUGGUGGUUACGGUGGCAGGUGCCACCAUGUCGGCUCUGAUCCUGACGGCCUGCAUCAUCUGGUGCGUCUGCUCGAUCAAGUCCAACCGCCACAAGGACGGCUUCCACCGCCUCCGGCAGCACCACGACGACUACGAGGACGAGAUCCGCAUGAUGUCCACGGGCUCCAAGAAGUCCCUUCUGAGCAGCGAGUUCCAGGACGAGACGGACACCGAGGAAGAGACACUCUACUCCAGCAAGCACUGACCCUCUUGCGGGCGGGGGAAGCUCCCUGCAGAGACCGAUCCGGCGGGCGACGCCUGAGCCUUUCUCCAGCCGUGGGACCCAGAACACGUGACCUCCAGGCCCCGCCGUGCCCCCCCCCCGUUCCGGUUUGAUGCACAAAGAGCUUGCCCACCUGAACUGGAAUCCCUUUUCCCAGCUGGGUCUGGUCAUCCGGUUGCUUGCAGUCCGCCCCGGGAUUGUGGCGCCCGCCCGACUUAGCGGAGUUGUUCUGAACCGCUGACUCGAUUCAUUCUCUGCAAUUUGGGGGUGGGGGGGUGGGGCGGAAUGAUCCGCCACCGAGCCCCUUGUCUAAGCUGCUUUGGCCGGAAGGAGGCUUCGGGGUGGAUUUCUUUUCUGCUCGGGCUAAGGACGUGAAGGCACAGCAGGCUUGCUCCCUUCUUAAAGGAACUUGAACUCCUCCUCCUAACAACGUCUUCAAGUUCAGUCAUUCUGGCAGGUCAGCUUCUCUAGGUGAUAAACUUGCAGGCUAGGCGUGCUGAGCUGUCGACUUCUUCCUCCUCGUGAGGCUGCCAUGGGGGGGGGGGGUCGUCAAAUAAAUGUUCCUCCGAGCUCUCGUGCACAGAUCCUGCUUCGGGAGAUCUGCUGUUUCGGGAGAGGCACUUCCGCUCUUUGAAAGAAUCCCUCUAAUGCUAGCUGGAUAUUGGUCGGAAGAGCCCAGAUGCCCUGCCUGGUGCCAAGCUCUUCCUUGCCACUCACGGUUUGGGCUCGGGAGGCUUUGAGACGGGCUACUAACGAAGCUGUUAGCAGGCCCUGCUUUGGAAGGGCCCAGGGCCCCUGCCAUUCCAGUACCCACCUGUUAGGACAGAGCUCUGCUCUUCUUCUGGGGAACUGGACCUUUAGAAACCCUGCCAUGCAUUGGAUUCUCAAAAAAAAAAAAAAAAAUCCCCUCUCCGGACCGUGUAUUGGGCCUGUUGAGAGAGGACCCAUCUCACGUUGUAAGUUGUGGUGGUAGCACUUGGGGGGCUGAGGACUUAGAGGCACUUAGUGGAAGAGGGGGUGCUCUUCAACAGAGCUGACAGCAUGAGCCAUCACUGGGCUGGAAGGAAACCAGCCGUUGAGGGCUUCUGUGUGGUGCCUGCUAAGCCUUUGCAGCAUGACUGGAGGGGGGGCUUUUGGGAGCUGAACUCCGCUGGGUGGGCGCAAAAGGUCAGACGGCCAAGCUGAGUUGCAGAAGAGUGUAGAUCGGCUCGGAGGACGAGGAUGGUGAGAAGAACUUCUGCUCAGCUCCUGCCGGGCGGGGAUGGAGAAUGUGGCUGACCACGUUGAUUUCCACCUGGAUGGACUCUUCUCCUGGCAUGUGUCUGGGCAUCGGCUCUUGGGUUCCCCGUGUGGAAGUGGUCUGCAGCGCAGCUGGGCUGAUGGAAUUGCCUGGGGGUUAAGAAAAGCAAAAUCUGAAGACAAGCAAGUGUGUGUGUGUGUGUGUGAGAGAGACACACUGUUAGCUUUCUUCUUGAGUAAAACUAACAAGGAGGCCAGUACUUUUUACCUGCGUCUCAAAGGUUCAGGUGGUUGCCAGCUAUUUAAUGGCUGAUCUUUCAGAGGCAGAAGUUGUCACACUUGCGUCCCCAAAUGUUAUUGGAGUACGGCUCAAAUCACCCCCAGGCACGAUGGCCAAAGGAGAUGAUGAGUUUUGUAGUCCAACGUUGGGGGACUCAAGGUUGAGAAUCACUGUUCUGGAGUUCUCUUUAUGCCCUCUCAAGACUAAACCAAUGGCUCACAGUGUGAUUCUCUGCACAGUUAUUCAGAAGUCCCACUGUAUUCAGUGGGCUUACUUGCAUGUAAGUGUGCAGAGGAUUGCAGUAUCGUUGAGAUGACACUCCAACCCCACAUCAACCUGCUGUUGCAGCAGCUUAAUCUGUGCCCCUGGUGUUUGAAUAAAGGUUUUUCUAAAACGUUCACCCUCUUCAGCUUGGGCUUGGUAAUAAUGUGGACCUUGAGUCUUCUCAGCAGGCGAAUAGAACAGAUGCAUCCGUUUUAGCUUUCAGCUCAUAGGUGACUGUCAGGGCACACACUUAAACCUGGAGGUCUCAAUCCAUUCCUUGUGGAUUUUAAUCAGUGGGAGAAAUCUGGCGCAUGCUUAAAUCUACUCACUAGCUGAAGUAUUUCCUGACCAGCAGCUGGGAGAUGCACAAGGAAACCAAAUACCUGAGCCUGUUAACACCUGCGCUUAAACCCUUCGAAUCCUCCCCCAAAGGCUGCCAUAAGAUCCUGCAACUACCUUCCAAUCAUGUUCUUGCUGUCAUUGAUCUUCAGUGGUUAGUCCUGGAUUCUUGCCGACGCUGAGCCACGAGGGUUCAGAAAGAGUUCCAUCUCCAAACGUCCACCUUGGGCCCCAUUUCAGGCUUUGGCCUUCUGAAUAAUGCAUAUCACGCUCCCCUUUCCCUCCUUCCCCACUUCGGACAGCAAGAAGUGGUUCUCUGAGCAUAGCCCUGGCCCAUCCGGCUUCAAGAGCUGGUUCCAAAUGAGCGAAAAAGCCACAAUUUGGAAGUGAGUCUUGAUGUAAUAACAGCUGACCUUCUAGUAACAAUUAUGCAAAAAAAAAAUUUUUUUUAAAUUGACAAAGCAAGCUCCUCCUGUUCUUUGUGCAGCACCGUAAAUGCCUUCCAGACCCCGCGUCUGCUUCCUCUCGGCACAAGAGUUUGCCUGCGUGCCCUCCGGUGUCCUUGUGCUGUGUGCCUUCAGAAGCAAAUGUGGUUGAAACGAGAGGUUUGGCUUCAGAAUGGAAACCCGUCGGUGUCCAGGGCGGCUUUGUAUCUUUCUGCACCAACCAUGUGUUCUGUGAGUGUUCUCUUUGGGUUUUUUUUACAUGUACACUGGCUCUAAUCUGUAUAAAACUAUUUUAUGAUGUC